CAUUCAAUAACUAUCAUACAGUAAAACAGUUACUGUAAUAGUAUAAUCUUAUAGUUAACUUAUCCAUACAAUAAUAACACACCAAAACAAUUAUGUUAAUUUUUGGCCAAUUAGUCCAAAUUGUUUUAUUAGUAUUAAUAUCAGUAAAUAUUUUGCUAAUCAAGUCUACCACUGAUCUCUGCGAUGAUACUGUUGGUACAAAUACAACACCGACACCUAGUAGUAGUACUAACCCUACCACUACUACCCUUUCAAAAUCAACUACCCCUGAAACUAUAGAGCCUAAAUUGCCUGUAAAAGCUGGAGGCAAUAGAGGUGUCGGUUUUACAGUAUCAUUGAGGACUAACAUCACUGGUAGAGACAGACACUUAUGCAGCGGUACUAUAAUAAGUCCCCAUUGGAUACUAACAGCAGCCAGUUGUGUAUAUAAUCGUACCGUUUCAAGUAUUAAACCUGAUUAUAAACACUAUGCCGUCAAUCAUACCGUUAUAUACGAUCACUAUUCACCCGAAACUAAUGAAAACAAUAUAGCAUUGGUUCGCCUAAAGGACUAUAUUGUUGACAACACUGAAAACAAAAUACUAUCAUUAGGUGACCAACCGGUUGCCAACUGGUCAGUAGCCUAUCUACACGAUUGGGAACCGAAAAAUUAUCGAUUUGUAACAAACAUAAACUCCCGGACUAUCGAUUGGAAACAUUGUACGACUAUUAUAGUGUCGGACAACAACACCAAUACAAAUACAACAACAAAAACACCGAUUCUUAAUAGUAAUAAUAUUUGUCUGCUGACCGCCAAAGGAGAGGGUGUCUGUCAUAAAGGAUAUGUUGGUGAUGUAGGCGGUGCAGUGUCAGUAGAAAACCCCGAUGAUAAUAAUAAUAAUUAUCGAAGUAGAAAAACCAGAUUAAUAGGUAUACUAUCGGCUGACCUGUCGUGCGGUCAACUCGACGGCGGUGUCGGCCGACAACCCAAAGUUGUUACUAGUAUUGCACCGUUUCUUCAAUGGAUAAACGAAAAAACCAAUAUUACUGCUAUUAGUAGUAGUAAUAAUAAUAAUAAUAAUACCGACAAUCGGCCGGUAAUUUGUUCAACAAAAUUUGAAGAUAGGAGCGGGUAUUCGGCAUCGAUUAGAAAUGAAUUCAAUGAACGAUUGUGCGGCGGAUCCAUAAUUGGUACGAAUUGGAUACUAACGGCCGCCAGUUGUCUACAUAAUCGUUCCUUAUCUAACAUUUAUGUUGGUGUCGGUGAUGAAGAUUUCAUACAUAAUCAUAGCUAUUAUGGUGUCGACCAAAUCAUUAUACACGACCAGUACUCGCCAGUGACUAAACAAAACAAUAUAGCACUGGUUCGGGUCCAGCCCUACAUAAGUGAUAAUUCACGGGUAAGUAUAGUUGGAUUGGCAGAUAAAUUAGUUAUUUAUGACACGACUAUUGCUUCAAUGACCUAUUGGUCAAAUAUAACGAGCGGAACAAGUAAUGUCCGUACAGUUGGUUGGCAACAAUGUAAGUCUAUAAUGACUAACAAUAUUACCUACAAUAUCAACAACGAUAACAACACAAUACCAGUCAUCGAUAGUAACAAUCUAUGUUUGGUUAACUACUAUAAGGAAAUAGCUUGUAAUGGUGAUGUUGGUGGACCUGUGAUAUUAGAUAUACCACAACAACAACAACAACAACAACAAUUGGGUAAUUGUCACGGAAAAAAUGAUGGACUAUUAAUCGGUAUACUAUCCGAUAAUCUGUUGUGUGGUUCCAAUCGGCCAACUAUUAUGACAAGUAUUGGACCAUAUCUACAAUGGAUUAAUCAGAAAACCAAUAUAACUGCUGUUAGUAAUAAUAGUCAUAAUAAUACAUGGAAUAGUCUAUUAGCUAAUUAUGAGGACAGACAUGAAGGUUAUUGGAAAAUAAAAAAGUUUGGUUUAGGUUUUCCGGCAUCUUUGAUGACAAUCAGCAAACUUAAUGAACAUUUUUGUAGCGGUAGUAUCAUUGGUACGAAUUGGAUACUAACGGCUGCCAGUUGUCUACAUAAUCGUACUGUUUCGGACAUUGUUGUUGGUGUCGGUAGAAAUGAUUACAAAUUCAAUGAUAGCUACUAUGCUGUCGACAAAAUUGUUAUACACGACAAGUAUUCGCCUGAGACUAAACAAAAUAAUAUAGCACUGGUUCGGCUCCAACCAAACAUGACUAUCGGUAAUUUGGUUCGGACAAUGCGAUUGACUGAUGAAAAUCAAGUACCGCAUAUCAGCCAUAACGGAACUAUGGCCAAGAUCGGUGCCGGUUGGGGCCCGAAAUCUGUUUGGUGGUAUUUGCAUACACUGGACGUACGGACACUUGAUUGGCAACAGUGUAAGUCUAUACUAGCAAAUAAUACCAUUACUACCAAUACAUCAUCAUCACCAACAAUAACAAUCGUUGACAGUAAUAAUAUUUGUGUGGUGGCCGACAAGGGAAAGGGUGCCUGUAAUGGUGAUGAGGGUGGACCAGUUAUAAUGGUUGUUGAAGAUAAACCACCAACACCUACAACAACAACAUCAACUACUACUACUACUAUUACUACUACUACUACUACUAGUAGUAGUAGUGCAACAAUACCGUCAACAACACAACAACAACAAACCUUACCACAACAUGAAGGCGAAAGACACUACAUAGACAUCGACAGCUGGGAUCCAAUACCAUUUGAGGCAUUAGUAGGUGUCCUAUCCAGCGGUAUGUCGUGCGGUCAGUCCGAUCGACCCGAUGUUGUUACCAGUAUUGUCCCGUAUAGACAAUGGAUUAAAGAUAAUACAGGAAUAUAAUAAUUAAAAAAAAAUUGUUUUUGAGAAAAUUUAUUAUAAUUAAUUGA